AUGAGGUAUGUUUAUGACGUAGUGGCAGCAGAUGCGAAAGGUGUAACUGUUUUUCGCGCAGCUGAUAACAUUCCGAACAUUUCCCGCCUUAAUUAUUGCUUUCUUUUCUUUUCGUGUUUUUAUUCCGUUUCCUUCUUUGCUCUUAUUUUUCUCUUUCUUUCGUUUUCUCCCUUCCUUUUUUUUUUAUAUCUCCUUCAUACUUGUUUCUUUCCUUUUUUCAUUUUCUUCUUUUUCUACUUUCAUUUUCUUUUUCCUUUUUUGCUUUGUUUACUUGUAAUUUUUUUUUAUUUUUUACUUCCUUACUCUUUUUCUUUUGUCCAUUUUUAUCUUCCCUUUUUUCUUUCUCUCUUUCUGCAAUAUUCUUCCUUUUUUUGUUUUUUUUCUUCAAUUUUGUUCUUACCAGAUUUCUUUCGUUCUGCCGACUUUUCAACUUCAUUUUUCUUUCAUUUUCCCUCUUUAUUUUCCUUUCUUGAAUCCUUUAUUGCCCCCCUCACUACGUUCUUUACUUUCUGUAUUCAUUUCUUUUUUUCUUUCUUUUUUUUUUCUUAUCUUUGGUGUGAUUUCAAAACCUUCCUUCCUUUUCUUUCUUUUUUUUUCUUUCUAAUUUUACCGUCGGUCUCAUUGCUUUUAAAUCUAAAUCUCUUUCGUCUUCAUUCGCUUAUUUGUCUUUGCCCUUCAUUUAUUUUUCUUCGUUCUUUUCUUUCAUUUUUCUAUCAAAUCGUCUGUUCAUUUCAGCCAUCUUACGCUGUUCACUAUUCUCGUUCAAGUCAGCCUCAUCAACGUUCUUUCUUUCCUUUCAUUAUUCUCCACCCCUCUUGUUUCCUUUCUCAGAUAUUUGAUAUUAAAAAGGGAAAUAUCUAUCUAUCUAUCUAUCUAUCUAUCUAUCUAUCUAUCUAUCUAUCUAUCUAUCCCAAUCAGUUUCAUCUAUCUAUCUAUCUAUAUCUAUCUAUCUAUCUAUCUAUCCCAAUCUAUCUAUCCCAAUCUAGUUUCUAUCUAUCUAUAUCUAUCUAUCUAUCUAUCUAUCUAUCUAUCUAUCUAUCUAUCUAUCCCAAUCAGUUUCUAUCUAUCUAUCUAUCUAUCUAUCUAUCUAUCUAUCUAUCUAUCUAUCCCAAUCAGUUUCUAUCUAUCUAUCUAUCCCAAUCAGUUUCUAUCUAUCUAUCUAUCUAUCUAUCUAUCUAUCUAUCUAUCUAUCCCAAUCAGUUUCUAUCUAUCUAUCUAUCUAUCUAUCUAUCUAUCUAUCUAUCUAUCUAUCUAUCUAUCCCAAUCAGUUUCUAUCUAUCUAUCCCAAUCAGUUUCUAUCUAUCUAUCUAUCUAUCUAUCUAUCUGGGUCGAUUCUUAUCUAUCUAUCUAUCUACUGAGUUUUCUAUUGAUGUCUGUUCAUAUCUAUCUAUCUAUCUAUCUAUCAAAUACUUAUCUAUCUAUCUAUCUAGCUAG